AUGUCUCCAGAAUAUGCAAUGAAUGGUAUUUUCUCAAUAAAAUCAGAUGUCUUUAGUUUUGGAGUUCUAGUGCUCGAGAUAGUGAGUGGUAAAAGAAAUAAAGGAUUCUACUGCGGUGGUAACCUAGUUAACCUCAUCGGGCAUGUAUGGAACCUAUGGAAUGAAGGCAAAGCUUUAGAAAUAUUAGAUGAAUCAAUAGGGGUUGAGUUUUCACAAGAUCAAGUAUUGAGAUGUAUACAUAUUGGAUUACUAUGUGUUCAAGAACAUGCCUAA